AUGGCGGGCGGCAUACAAUCAUCUGAUACAGACCCUGCUGAGGUUAUGCGUCUGGCCGUGGAACAAUUUCGAGCCAAAAUGGAGUCCUCCAAUCGGCGAUUUUUGCAAGACCGUAUCGACGAGAUCGAAGCCAUGGGUCUCUCUACUGAAGAGGAGAAAUUAACAGAGAUGCGCUUAUACUGGCCGAAUUUAGGCGCCAAAGGUGAGGAAAGCUGGAAUGAUGGGGCCCCUCUAGGUCCUGUUCGACAAUCUCGCGAGACGAGAAAUGCUACACGGCUAGAAGAUGUCAAAACUAUCUAUCAUGAGCACAUGGACGGAAUCAUCCCGCCAACCUUAAUAACUGAUGAAUGGCGGCAGAUGUACUUAGAGGUUUUGAAGGAGGUAUGCAACGAUGCGAUGGCACAGAAUCAAGAGGGCGAGGACGAGGAUGAGGACUUCGACAUCCCGAUGUGCCGCGAACUAGGGCACUUCAUCAAAUACGCUAAUGGCGUCCAAGAUCCAGAUUUCCGCUGCUCAGGUAUCUCUCCAUUUGCACCAGUCCCUCCUGUCGGGAGGAAGGAGUAUGCCUUCCCAGAGAGCGCGGCUGUGCUUGCGCGGCCUACUCCCGAAGUAUCAACCUCCCGGGAGAUAUUGAAAGAAUACCUACAAGAGAGCAUCCUUGACGAGACAUUUAUUCAAGGCACUGUGGAUGAAGACUUGGAAGUCAAGGUUGGAUUUCAAACUGGCCUUGGCAGUCGCGCAGAACACGACGAAUGGUACAGCGCCUAUCUAUACUGUCGUCGGUGUGAUGAUGACUCUGACCCAUCCCUCAAAGACUGGGCCUGGCGUGUUUCCUUCUUCCGGGCUGAUGUUGGAAACCCAACUACACUUUACGGGCGGUAUCCACGAUUUGAUUCUAUUCCUGAGUUCUUGGAUUGGUAUAGCAGCUGGCUGGAUUACGUGGAUAUGAAUGAGGUCCGAAGGAACGCACGGUGCCUCUACGGUGAUGAUGAUUAUUACUCGGACUUGGAGUAA